CCUCAAAAUUUUCAAAUCUAUGUGGCAGGGAGGUAGUAUAUGUUUUCGAUUCUCACAUGUCGUGGCACCGUUAACGUUUCAGAAACUCCCUUCGUACUCCGAUGGACUAUUCCCCAGGAACCUCCACUCUCGGCCAUCCGGCCGAUCCAACGGCGGAAGACGGAGGAACAUCGUCUUCGCCUAACAUCCUCGAUCUCACCAGCUUCCAGCUCCAUGAUCUCGACACCGUUGAGCUCCCCCUGAGUCUCGCCGAGCUGGACUUGACGGCAAACCGUUUGUCAGCGUUAGACACUCGUAUUUCCGGGCUAUCGAAUCUCAAGAAGUUGUCCUUUCGUCAGAAUCUCCUUACAGACGCAGCCAUCGAGCCUCUUUCGUCGUGGCAAACCAUAUCCGAACUUGAGGAACUCGUAAUCAGGGAUAAUCAGCUUAAGAAACUUCCAGAUGUUAGCAUAUUUAAGAAACUUAUGGUAUUUGACGUUUCAUACAACGGAAUCCUAUCACUAAGUGGAUUGUCCAAGGUCGCUAGUACAUUGAAGGAACUCUAUGUCUCUAAUAAUGAAGUUCCAAAGAUGGAAGAGAUUGAACACUUUCAAGAGCUGAGUAUUCUUGAACUUGGGUCAAACAGAUUACGGGUUAUGGAGAAUCUGCAAACUUUAAUAAAUCUACAAGAGCUAUGGCUUGGCCGCAACCGUAUUAGAGCUAUCAAUCUUUGUGGCUUGAAAUGCAUUAAGAAGAUUAGCAUCCAGAGUAACCGCUUGACGGCAACAACUGGAUUGGAGGAAUGUGUUGCUUUGGAAGAGCUAUAUCUAAGCCAUAAUGGUAUUGAAAAAAUGGAAGGCUUAUCAACCUUGGUAAACCUUCGAGUCCUGGAUGUGUCAGCAAACAAGCUUACUGCAAUUACUGGCAUUGAAAACCUGACUUGCUUAGAAGAUCUCUGGCUGAACGACAACAACAUAUCAUCUCUUGAAGGCAUAGCUGAUGCAGUUAGUGGUUCACGACAGAAGCUGACGACACUCUAUCUUGAGCGCAACCCAUGUGCAAAUUCUCCCAACUACGUGACUACAUUGAGACAAGUUUUCCCAAAUAUUCAACAGCUGGAUUCGGAACUGUUUGGAUAAAACCAGAAGAAACAUCAUCAGCUCUAAUCUAACAGUGACAGUUUCAAGAUGCAUCCUCAGAAGCUAUAACGUUAGCAGUCAUCCUCGCAUGAAGUAAUUGUAAUUUAAAUUGCUUUUUAUAUGUCAGCUGUCUUGAAUUCUUCCGAUUGUCUUGGUUUUUUGCCUCAGGUUUAGAGAAGUCAUAUUUGACCGAUGUACAAUUUUAACUGAUAAUAUAAUUUUACGGAACAUUAAAUAAUGACUUAAUCAUGUAAUGUUUUUAGAAUUUACUUGUUUAUUUCACUAAAUCUAUCAUGUGUCACGUGUUUGUGACUUUUUCCCUACGUACAUGAUACAUGAUACAUAGAAGCUGUGUUUGAAUC